ACUGUUACAUCCAUAUGCCAGUUAUUAAACACUUUUGAUUUAAUAAAAGCUUUAAAGCAGCUUUUCCGCUAUUAGUUUGGCAAAAGCUUUAUCUCAGCUAUAGAAGAAAAAAGCUUUUGCAUUGUAUAGAAACAUCGUCAUUUGUCCGCUGGUUAGUUUAUAAACAAAACAUCCAAAAAGUGAUCUCAUUGUGAAUCAGGUAAAAGCCUUUAAACUUGUAAAAUAGGAUAACAGAAAGAGAACUAGUUUUGUAUAAGCCCAGCAGCCAUGUUAGCUGGUCGAAGCAUACGUUUCUUUGCCUCUCACUGCAGACCGGCUCCUUUGUUUACUUGGUCACUGAAGACUCAAGAUGCUCCCUUGGCUUUAAAGACAACAACCACUUGGUAUGUGCCGCGACCACCCAUGAUUGCAAUGACCGCUGCUUAUUCCAAGGAUGCCAAAAAUGAUUCUCGCAUUCAACCGCCUGAUAUUAAACUACCCAACCGUGAUCAAGUGGAAAAGUAUUUCUUUACCGCCUUGGUGUAUGUUUGGGACUUUUGUUAUUAUGUCUUUUGUUUGACCCUCAAACUUGUCGAUACUUAUAUUCUGAAGAAUCCCACACUACAACAGUAUUGGAAAAAGUUGACCGAUCGUUUGGAACAACAACGUCAAGCCAUUAAAUCGAAGAAAUAGAAGAAUGUGAUUUACCACAGGAAUGAAAUUAUGGUGAUAUCUUAACUUAUAUUCGAACUCUCAAUUUAACGACUAUCACUUUUAUGCGAGUGUCUUUUACACGCUUAAACAAUUUUUAUGUCAUGUCUGUAACACAAUUUUUAAAUAAAUAAUAUCAAAAAAUAA